AGGGGGGGGCCGGCCGGAACAUGGCGGACCAGAUCCCGCUGUACCCGGUGCGCAGCGCCGUUGUGGCGGCAGUAGCCGCCAACCGCAAACGAGCGGCCUACUACAGCGCCGCGGGCUCCGGGCCUGGGGGCGAGCGGCAUAACAGUAGAUAUCAACUAGAAGAUGAAUCCUCCCAUUUGGAUGAAAUGCCACUAAUGAUGUCUGAAGAAGGUUUUGAAAAUGACGAAAGUGAUUAUCACACAUUACCAAGGGCCCGAGUAACUUACAGAAAAAGAGGAAUAGAAUGGCUUGUUUGUGGUGGAUGGAAAUUCCUGUGUACGAGUUGCUGUGACUGGCUCAUAAAUGUUUGCCGAAGAAAGAAGGAACUGAAAGCUCGUACUGUCUGGCUUGGAUGUCCUGAAAAGUGUGAAGAAAAAUAUCCCAGAAAUUCUAUAAAAAAUCAAAAAUACAAUUUAUUUACCUUUAUACCUGGGGUUUUAUAUGAACAAUUCAAGUUUUUCUUGAAUCUCUAUUUUCUGGUUGUGUCCUGUUCGCAGUUUGUACCAGCACUGAAGAUAGGCUAUCUCUAUACCUACUGGGCUCCUCUGGGAUUUGUCUUGGCUGUCACUAUGAUACGUGAAGCAGUUGAUGAAUUUCGGCGUUUCCAGCGAGACAAGGAAAUGAAUUCACAGUUAUAUAGCAAGCUUACCAUAAGAGGUAAAGUGCAAGUUAAGAGUUCAGACAUACAAGUUGGAGACCUCAUCAUAGUGGAAAAGAAUCAAAGAAUUCCAUCUGAUAUGGUAUUUCUCAGGACUUCUGAAAAAACAGGUUCAUGUUUCAUUAGAACUGACCAGCUAGAUGGUGAAACAGACUGGAAACUAAAAGUUGCAGUGAGUUGCACACAGAGAUUGCCAGCUUUGGGGGAUCUUUUCUCCAUCAAUGCUUAUGUUUAUGCUCAGAAGCCACAACUAGAUAUUCAUGGCUUUGAAGGCACUUUUACUAGGGAAGAUAGUGAUCCACCCAUUCAUGAAAGUCUCAGCAUAGAAAAUACAUUAUGGGCAAGCACGGUUGUUGCUUCAGGAACUGUAAUAGGUGUUGUUAUUUACACUGGAAAAGAAACUCGAAGUGUAAUGAAUACAUCCAAUCCAAAAAACAAGGUGGGAUUGCUGGACCUUGAACUGAAUCAACUGACCAAAGCACUGUUUUUGGCCCUUGUUGCCCUUUCAAUUGUUAUGGUAACCUUGCAAGGAUUUGUCGGCCCAUGGUACCGAAACCUUUUUCGGUUCCUCCUACUAUUUUCCUACAUCAUCCCCAUAAGUUUGCGUGUGAACUUGGAUAUGGGCAAAGCAGCCUAUGGAUGGAUGAUUAUGAGGGAUGAACAUAUUCCUGGAACAGUUGUCCGAACCAGUACAAUACCAGAAGAACUUGGACGUUUAGUUUAUUUGCUAACAGACAAAACAGGAACACUUACUCAAAAUGAGAUGAUAUUUAAACGUCUCCAUUUAGGCACCGUAUCUUAUGGAACUGACACAAUGGAUGAAAUUCAAAAUCAUAUCAUUAAUUCUUACUCACAGAUGUUUUCACAAACUAGUGGAAACAGUACUAGCUCAACACCAUCCAGAAAAUCUCAGUCUUCAGCUCCCAAAGUUCGAAAAAGUGUUAGCAGUCGAAUACAUGAGGCAGUGAAAGCCAUUGCUCUUUGUCACAAUGUCACGCCUGUGUAUGAGUCUCGAGCUGGAGUGACUGGUGAAACAGAAUAUGCAGAGGUGGAUCAGGACUUCAGUGAUGAAAAUCGAACUUACCAAGCAUCCAGUCCUGACGAGGUAGCUCUGGUGCAAUGGACAGAGAGUGUUGGUCUUACUCUCGUUAACAGGGACCUGACCUCAAUGCAACUGAAGACCCCUGGCGGACAGAUUCUGACAUACUCUAUUCUACAGAUUUUUCCCUUCACUUCUGAGAGCAAACGCAUGGGAAUCAUAGUGAGGGAUGAAUCUACUGCAGAAAUUACAUUUUAUAUGAAAGGUGCUGAUGUUGCUAUGUCUAGCAUAGUACAGUACAAUGAUUGGCUAGAAGAAGAGUGUGGUAAUAUGGCACGAGAAGGACUGCGUACUCUUGUUGUUGCCAAAAAAUCAUUAACAGAAGAACAAUAUCAAGAUUUUGAGAAUCGAUACAGCCAAGCUAAGUUAAGUAUCCACGACAGGACACUGAAAGUGGCUGCUGUUGUAGAGAGUGUGGAGAGAGAGAUGGAAUUACUGUGCCUCACCGGGGUGGAAGACCAGCUCCAAGCUGAUGUCCGACCGGCACUAGAGAUGCUGAGGAAUGCGGGGAUCAAGAUAUGGAUGCUAACAGGAGACAAAUUGGAGACAGCUACCUGCAUUGCCAAAAGUUCUCACUUGGUAUCUAGAACCCAAGAUAUUCAUAUUUUCAGACCUGUAACUAAUCGGGGAGAAGCUCACUUGGAGCUGAAUGCCUUUAGAAGAAAGCAUGACUGUGCUCUAGUCAUAGCUGGAGACUCUUUAGAGGUUUGCUUAAAAUACUAUGAGCAUGAACUUGUAGAGCUGGCCUGUCAAUGCCCUGCAGUAGUCUGCUGUCGCUGCUCACCUACACAGAAAGCACAUAUUGUUAAGUUAUUGCAACAGCACACAGGCAAACGUACCUGUGCUAUAGGUGAUGGAGGAAAUGAUGUCAGCAUGAUCCAAGCAGCUGACUGUGGAAUUGGAAUUGAAGGAAAGGAGGGAAAGCAAGCUUCUCUGGCAGCAGAUUUUUCCAUCACACAGUUUAAACACAUUGGCAGAUUGCUAAUGGUACAUGGUCGAAACAGCUACAAAAGAUCAGCAGCACUUGGUCAAUUUGUCAUGCACAGGGGCCUUAUUAUUUCCACUAUGCAGGCUGUGUUUUCUUCAGUCUUCUAUUUUGCAUCUGUUCCUUUGUACCAGGGAUUCCUAAUGGUAGGGUAUGCAACAAUCUAUACAAUGUUUCCAGUAUUCUCCUUAGUGUUGGAUCAGGAUGUGAAGCCAGAAAUGGCUUUGCUGUAUCCAGAGCUUUACAAGGACCUAACAAAGGGACGAUCGUUAUCAUUUAAGACCUUCCUCAUAUGGGUUUUAAUCAGUAUUUACCAAGGUGGUAUUCUAAUGUAUGGAGCACUGGUGCUUUUUGAAUCUGAAUUUGUCCAUGUUGUUGCCAUUUCCUUCACUGCCCUAAUCCUGACUGAACUAUUGAUGGUGGCCCUCACCAUAAGAACAUGGCAUUGGUUAAUGGUGGUGGCUGAAUUCCUCAGCCUUGGCUGCUAUGUGGCCUCUCUUGCUUUUCUAAAUGAAUACUUUGGUAUAGGCAGAGUGUCUUUUGGAGCUUUCUUAGAUGUUGCCUUUAUCACAACUGUGACCUUCCUGUGGAAAGUGUCAGCAAUCACCGUUGUAAGCUGUCUUCCACUGUACAUUCUCAAGUACUUGAAGCGUAAACUUUCCCCGCCGAGUUACUCCAAGCUUACCUCAUAGAAGGAAUUCUUCACCUACAGUAUCCUCCCACGCCCCACCCCCACCCCACCAUUCCUACUUCACCUGGGAUUUGUUUGGGUAUCUCCCAUGGCAUUUAAGUGACUUAAGGGUUCAUGAUGUACUACUGAGAGAAAAAUGAAAAAAAAAAAAGGCAAAAAACGGAGAACACAACUAGGGAAGGCUACGUCUGCUGUGUAAGUACAGAAAACAAGAUAGGCUUUACCUAAUGGCUCCAAAAGGGGAGAGAUCAUCCAUUUUUGUCUUUUUUUUUCAGUCAUUCCAAUUUCUUUGUUGAUUCUAAUUUGCUUUCUACUAAAAAUGCUGCUUCAUUAUUUUAUUGCCUACUGCAAAGGUUUUUUGCUACUGCACUGUUCUAUAACACAAAAUGAAAGCUUAUUUGAUAUUAUGUAAUAAUUCUCUCACAUUCAAAUUCUUUCCUUGAUGCUGUUAUGUAGAAACACCCAUUCCUACUUAAAGUCUAAUAAAAUCUAGAAGCCACAAAUGCCAUUGUCUGUAUUUGCCGCUAUAUGCUACUCUUCCUCAAAUGUUGAUAAACAUGAGCUAUUUAAAUGACAUAUGGAUGUCUGCCUAGUAUAGUGCUGCUUCAGGAGGUGUCAUCCUCCUUUUUGUACUCACCAUUCCUCUGUCCGGCAGAUACUUACAAGUCUAUAGCUUCUGACACCAAAUACCAAUUCUCUGAGUGCACAUUAAAGCCAAGUAGUACACACACUGUCAUAGCUGUAUGUGCAAUUCCAUCAUUACUACACAAUCGUACAGCUAGCUAGUCAAAAGCCUUGUUAUUCAGCAAAUGUUUUAAGCAUUUCUAUCCAUUUUGUACUUGGAAAACUGCACUCAAAUACAGCUUCAAGAAACAUUUCUACAUAUGUUAUCCUGUAGAUCUUGUAUUAGCCAGUAUGUUUCUUACCUUGUAAUCUGUGCUUAGAUUACUCAGGUUAAAAACCAGCCACACUCUAUUAAUGUUACGGUAGAAUUAUCCUGCAUCUUCCAAACUGUAAUUUACAUUCUCUAUGAGCCAGAUCAACCUCUGUUUAAUAAGAUGUUUAUAAUGAGCAAAUCAGAAGGAUAUUAUUCCAAAUCAUUGUACUGUCUUGUGGCAUAUCAUGGUUGUUCAAUCUUCACUGCAGUGUAUUUAAUAUUCAUCCAGGUCAUUUGUUAGAUAAAAGAAAAGGUGAAGGCCAGGAUUCUUUAUUUAGAAACAUUUGUUUUACCUUUCUAACACCAUUAUGUUGCAUUGUGUUGGGUUGUUGUUGUUUGUUGUUUGUUGUUUUUUCGGUUUUUUACAAUAGAUGGUUUUGGAUUAUUGGUGGUGUUUUUUGUUCUGGUUUAGUUUUUUUAAUGUGCUCCAAUUUAAUUUCUCGUCUAGUGUCUGAUAUAUGUUAUCCUAAAAUGUUAUGGGUUGCUACAUUGAAUGAGUGAAAUUCCUAAAAUGGUUAUUUAUACAACUAUUUCCAUCAGCAUAUUGCCAUGGACCUAACAGAAUUAACUGCCCUCUCAUUAAGAGUGUUUUUUUUCCCCAACAUAUUCUAUUGUAUAUGCCUCUUUUCUUUAGAGAAAAACAUGAUUAAUCAUAACAAAAACAAUAAAGCUUAAUUUCUACUAAAUCAUGUUAUAAAUGGGUUUGUUCUGAGCUCCAGUAGUAGAUUUGCUUUUAGGCUAAAUUGCCAAAUAAGCAUGUGACCUUAUGUAAAGUUAUUUCUUGUAUAUCCCCACAAGAUGUCACUGUUGUGUAUUUUUAUAGUGUGGAUGUGGAUGUGUGUUCGUUUUUUAGAAACAUCUGCACGUUUUAGAAGUUUCUCAAGCUCAUUUUCUGUUUUGUAAUUGAAAUGUAUUAUCCCUCCAGUCUGUCACUUAAUGGUUUGGGUUGAUUUUCAUUUCACAAUUCCUUUACUUUUGUCCUUUAUCUUUUAAAGUAUUGUGGUAUAGGCAAGAUUAAGAUACAGUUUGAAUCAGAAAUCUUAAGGCACACUCAGUGGUUAACUCGGAAAAUGAACAUGACCUUCUUGGGAACUGCCGUGCUUGCAGCCUAGAGCUCAAACAGAAUAGAUGGCUCUCUGGUGAAGAGCUUGGGAACUGCUGGAGUGGAUUGCCAGUCAUUCCCAAGGAGCUGAGUGAUGUGAAACAAUAGGAAUAAGUAACCUCUCUGAUUUUAAUAUGUGGAAGAUUUUUUUUUUAAAUUUCAAGAUGUGAGAGAGAUAGGGGUAAU